AUGGGGGAAUCAUCGUUGAUGCACAAGAUCCAUGACUCUUCGUCGGCAUCGUCGUCGUCUAGCUCAGAGGAUGAGAAGAGGCCGGCGUUGGCACGCCAAGCCGCCACUGUGAAGGCAAAGGCGAAGGAGAAGGCGAUCCAUUACAAGGCGGAGGUUAACCGCCUCUUCGGCCGCGAACAGCCCGUCCACAAAGUCUUGGGAGCUGGAAAGGCGGCUGAUAUAUUCCUAUGGAGGAACAAGAGAAGCUCAGGGAUGGUACUUGGUGCCGGCACCAUGUUGUGGUUCUUCUUCGAGAGAAUGGAGUACCAUCUCAUCACUUUCAUUUGCCAUUUCCUCAUUGUAUCUCUCGCAGCUCUUUUCUUGUGGUCCAAUGCUUCCGUCUUUAUACACAAGGCUCCCGUGCAAGUUCCACAAGUUGCAAUCCCCGAGGAUUGCCUUAUUCACAUAGUCAAAGCUCUGAGAUUUGAAAUUAACAGAGCCUUCCUUCUUCUCCGAGAAAUUGGAACUGGCCGAGAUAUCAAAAAAUUCCUUACCGUUGUUGGUAUAUUGUGGCUCAUCUCACUUGUUGGGAGCUGCUUCAACUUCCUCACCUUGUUUUACUUAUGCUUUCUAUUACUGUUCACAUUGCCACUGGUGUAUGAGAAAAAUGAAGACCAGAUUGAUGCACUAGCAGAGAAGGCAAUGAUUGAGAUCAAGAAGCAAUAUGCGGUGCUAGAUGCUAAGGUCUUGAGCCAGAUACCAGUGGCCGGGUUCAAAAAGGAUUAA